AUGCCUGGCGGAAAGGGAAAGUCUAUCGGUGGAAAGGGCGGAAAGGGUGAUGCUGCGGGGAAGGCCCAAAAGUCUCACAGCGCAAAGGCUGGUCUGCAGUUCCCCUGUGGUCGUGUCAAGCGUUUCUUGAAGAACAACACUCAGAACAAGAUGCGUGUUGGUGCUAAGGCUGCCGUCUACGUGACCGCUGUUCUUGAGUACCUCACUGCUGAAGUUCUCGAACUGGCGGGUAACGCUGCCAAGGAUCUUAAGGUCAAGCGCAUCACGCCUCGCCAUCUCCAGCUCGCCAUCCGUGGUGAUGAAGAAUUGGACACCCUUAUCCGCGCAACUAUUGCCUUCGGUGGUGUUCUGCCCCGCAUCAACCGUGCACUGCUCCUGAAGGUUGAGCAAAAGAAGAAGGGUGGCAAGAUCGAGCUCUAA